AGAACCUUAUAUCAAAAAAAAGAUUUUGCAGCAGUUGCAGGUGGUGGUGGAAGAAGACGAUCCGUGAUGCCUAAUGAUCAAGCGGCCUGUUGCAGGAAACACCCGAAGCACAGGCAAUCCCCAGGCGUUUGUUCUCUUUGUUUGAAAGAGAAGCUUUCACGUUUAUCGACUAGUUCAAGCUCACGUUGUACUACGAUUGCCUCAUCUUCUUCUUCUUCUCUUUCAUCGUAUUGUUCUUCGUGUUCAGCUUCUUCUUCUUACGCAUCUUCUCCCAUGCAUCAUCGUCACCGUUUUCCUAAAGAAGGAAAAGAUGGGUUUUUUUUGUUAAUGAUUAAUGGGAAAGAUGUGUUAAGUAAGAGCAGAUCGGUGGUGUUUGGUUCGAGAUUGACAAGGGAAGAAGGGAAGAACAAAACUGGGUUCUUGUCUAAGUUGCUGCAUCCAAGAAGGGUUCAUUAAUGGCGGGCAUUUUGUUCCAUUUACUAAUGUUUUAUAUUUCUUUUGCAUUCAUCAGAUUGUAAAAUUUGUACAACUUUAGAGAAGAAGCGG